AUGAUAAUAUAUUUAUUAGGGUUAUUGAUAUUGAUUCCUUUGAGUUUUAAAAAUUUCUGAUUAAUACAAUGAUUUUUUUUUAUUUUAUCUUUUAGAUUUAUUUUUAAUUAUAGAGGAUUUUUUCAAGUUUUUAAUAUUUCAUAUUUUUUGGGAUUAGAUAUAUUAUCUUAUAGUUUAAUUUUAUUAAGUUUUUGAAUUUGUAGUUUAAUAAUUUUAGCAAGAGUUAAAUUGUAUUUUAAUAAUGAAUAUUAUAAUUUAUUUUUAAUAAUUUUGGUUAUUUUAUUAUUAAGUCUUUAUUUAACAUUUUCUUCAUUAAAUUUAUUUAUUUUUUAUUUAUUUUUUGAGAUUAGCUUAAUUCCUACUUUAAUUUUAAUUAUAGGAUGAGGAUAUCAGCCUGAACGUUUAGAAGCUGGAAUUUAUUUGUUGUUUUAUACUUUGUUAAUAUCAUUACCUAUGAUAAUUAUAAUUUUUUAUUUAAGAGAAAAAUAUUAUUUAACUAUAUUUAUUUGUAUAAAUUUAGAAUUAUCUUCUUUUUUUAUAUUUUUAUGUAUUAAUUUGGUUUUUUUUGUUAAAAUUCCAAUAUUUUUUUUACAUUUAUGACUUCCUAAAGCACAUGUAGAGGCUCCUAUUUCUGGUUCGAUAAUUUUAGCAGGUAUUAUAUUAAAAUUAGGAGGAUAUGGGCUUUUACGUUUUAUACUUAUUUUUAAGCAGUUUUUAAUAAAUUUAAAUAUUUUUUUUAUAAUAAUUUGUUUAUUAGGAGGUUUUAUUGUAUCUUUAAUUUGUAUUCGUCAAAGGGAUAUAAAAUCUUUAAUUGCUUAUUCUUCUGUUUCUCAUAUAAGUUUAGUUUUAGCAGGUAUUAUAACUUUAAAUUAUUGAGGGUUAUGAGGAGCUUUAUUAAUAAUAUUAGCGCAUGGUUUAUGUUCUUCGGGUUUAUUUUGUUUAGCUAAUAUUUCUUAUGAACGAAUUCAUAGUCGAAGAUUAUAUUUAAAUAAAGGCUUAUUAAAUAUUAUACCUAAUUUAAGAUUAAUUUGAUUUCUUUUAGUUUCUUCUAAUAUAGCAGCUCCUCCUUCAUUAAAUUUAAUAAGAGAAAUUAUAUUAAUCAAUAGAAUUUUAUCUUUUAGUUUAUUUAGUAUAUUAUUUUUAUCUUUAAUAUCAUUUUUUAGGGCUGUUUAUUCAUUAUUUUUAUAUUCAUACACUCAACAUGGUCAAUAUUAUUCGGGUUUAUAUAUAUUUAAUAGGGGAUUACUUCGUGAAUAUUUAUUAAUAAUUUUACAUUGAUUACCUUUAAAUUUAUUAUUUAUAAAAUUAGAAUUUUUAGUUCAAUGAAUUUAA